AUGUCAUCGCAGAUCGAAUUGGAUACAGCUGUUGAAAGUGUGCUAGAUACAAGUACAUCAUCACAAAAAAGCCUUAAUCGAAGUUCAAGUAAUCCGGAUUUGUCACAAAACAAAACAAUAUCAUCUUCUAUAUCAUUAUUAAAUGAUGAUGUUGAUAAUUCAGCAUUUGUUGUUAAAGUUUAUCGUUCUGAUCAAUCAUUUAAAUAUUUUCCUGUACAUAAAGAUACAACAGCCAAACAACUUGUCAUGUUAGCAAUAACAGAAUUCGGUAUUGCUGAUCCAAGCAGGUGUUAUUCAUUAUGCGAAGUAUCAGCUGAAAAUGGUGUUAUUAAACAAAAACGUUUAUCAGAUCAAAUAGAUAAUCUUCCUGAACGAUUACCACUCAAUGCACGAUAUUAUUUGAAAAAUAAUCAUUCAACAGAAACAUUAGUACCCGAUCAAAUGGCUCACGAAUUAAUACGUGAAGCACAAAUUAAUUUUUUACAAUUAGAUGCAUUAGAAAUAUGUGCACAAUUAACAUUAAAAGACUUUUCAUUAUUUAAAAAUAUACAACCAACUGAAUAUAUUGAUCAUGUAUUUAAAUUAAAUUCAUUAUAUGGUUCACCAAAUUUAGAUAAAUUUCUUAAACUUCCUAAUCAAGAAAUGUAUUGGACAAUUACAGAGAUUGUUCGAGAAACAAACAUUGUCCGACGUUCUAAAGUUAUUAAACACUUUAUUAAAAUUGCUAAAUGUUGCAAAGAAAUGAAAAAUUUUAAUUCAAUGUUUGCUGUUAUAAGUGGACUUGAUCAUAAAGCUGUUCAACGUUUACAAACAACAUGGGAAAGAAUACCGGAUAAAUAUAAAAAAUUCUUUGAAGAAUUGAAAUCACUACUCGAUUUAUCCAGAAAUAUGUCUGUUUACCGUAAUUUAUUGAAAAGUGAAUUAAUUGUACCACCAAUUAUACCUAUGUUUCCUGUAUGUAUGAAAGAUCUAACAUUUAUCCAUUUGGGUAAUCAGUCAGAAGAUGAUGGAUUAAUUAAUUUUGAAAAAUUGCGAAUGUUAGCAAAAGAAAUUCGACAUAUAAUUGGAAUGUCGUCAUCAUCAUAUGAUAUAUCUAAUAUGUUUGAUUCUCCUACACCUCAUUCACACGUUUUUGCCGGAUUUGGUAAUUCAACAGACGCAUUUAGUACAAUUAAACGAACUCAUACCGGAAUGCGUUUAUCCGUUGUGGCAAAUGCAAAACGUCUUUAUGAUGAAGCAUCAAUGGUGAAAAAAGUAAAAGCAUAUUUGAGUACCGCUGAAGUAAUUCAAGAUGAAAGUCGCCUAGUCGAUUUAGCUAAUCAAUGUGAACCAGUUUGUUCAUCGCCGUCAAGCGGCACAAUAGCCGCUUCGAGUAUACAAGAGGAAAAUGAGAAAUUUGUUUUUAUCACUACACCAGUAGAUGAUAAUAAACAUAAAAAUAAUCGUCGUGCUCCAUCGCCAUCAUCACCACUCGGUCUUGUAAAUGCUAUAAUACAAAACGUAAGUACAUUAAAACGUCGUGGUCCAUCACCUUCGACAAGCAGUUUAUCCAGUAAUUCAUCAUGUGAUCGACGACCUGGACAACAAACAAAAUUUGAUUCAUAUGCAGGUACACAGUCUCCUGAUGCUGUAAAUAAACUACUACAAUUAUCAGACAGUAAUCGUGUAAAGCCACGUGCGCCCCAAAGACCAUUUUAUCAUCAUCCUGUAUCGCCGUUACCUCUGACAUCGUCAAUAUCAACUACGAAUCCAACAUCCGUUAAUUUAGCUACAACGUCAACCACUCCUCUUUUAUCAAUGCCGACAUCUUCUCCACCACUGUUAACAUUAAACAAACGACAAGUAUCAAAUGUUAAAAUUGCAUUAACAAGCGAAAGCUCAAGUUUAAAUCCUUCUCAUCGACUCAAACACCAUCAUCAUCGAUACCAUCACCAUUAUUCUAAUUCGAACUCAAAAUCUUCUGUUGAUCAACCACUUAGUGGUUCUCCUGUAUCACACGACGGUGAUUCAGGACGGGGAAGUCUUAAUUCGACAAACGAAUGUAUAGCGGAUAAUAAUAUUACAAUUAACGGCCUUACUGGUGGUAGUCAUAGUUCAAGUAAUAGUACAACAUCAGAAUCAACUGUUCUCGAUAGUUACAGUACAAAAUAUUCAACUUCGAAACAUCGACCACCUUUACCAGUAUCGAUGUCUGUUGCAACAGUAUCUCAGUCGCAAAAGAUGCGCAAUUGGAUGAAACGUUCACAAUCUCAAAAUGAAGUUGAUUCAGACACAAAUCGCAUAAAUUCAGUUACAGACGAACAAAAUAAUCCAUUGGAACUGGACUACGAGGAACAAGUAACAGCUGUAUAG